CUAGAAUCUAAAAAUUUAUAAAUUUUCAAUUUUUUUUAGCCCAAUUUCUAACAUUUGAAACAUUUGUCUAGUUUUUCAUCUGGAUUUUAUUGUGCCAAUCUGUGGAAAUUUUUUUUUUCGUUCACCCACAAUUUUUAAAUCUACAAAAACCAAAAAAAACAAAAGAAAAUGCCAUUAGAACAACGUGUUAUACAACCAAUUUAUGUAUCACGUGGUUGUUUUCAAACGGCCGGUAAUAAUAAUAAUAAUAAUACUGGACAACAACAACAACAGCAAACAACUAAUUUACCAAAUAUACCAAAUGAAUUAGAAUGUGUUACAAAUGGUACACUUGGUAAUAUUAUUAGACAAUUAUCAUCAUUAUCAAAACAUGCUGAAAAUUUAUUUGGCUGUUUAUUGGAUGAUCUACAAUCAAUGUUACAACGUUCAGCACAAUUACAAACACGUAUUGAACAAUUAUCACAACAUGUUGAACAUUUAGAUUCAUCUACACAAGAUAAUUCUCAUUAUAAUGAUCCAUCUUAUUAUCGCCAUCAUCAACAAACAAUGAUGAUGAUGAUGACAACGACGAUGAGAAAACCAAUAAUACAUCGUGGUAGUGGUGGAUCGGCCAACAUUUCUACCAACGGUGGUGAACAAUUUGAUCAACAAGUUGUUGCACGUACAACAAUACCGGAUUCAUUACGUGAAGUAUAUCAACGUUGUGAUCCACCGCCAACAUUGGAUAAAUUGAAUCCAUUCCGUGAUGAUAAUAUCAAUGGUUUAACGCUUUAUACGAAUCCAAAUUAUUUUUUCGAAUUAUGGCGUAAAGAAAUGUUACAGGAACCACAUUCAUCGAAACAUUCAAGAUCAACAAAAAUCACCAAAAAUAAACAACAACAAGGUGAUAUACAUGGUUCAGCCAAAUCUUCAUCAUCAACGAAACGAAAUCGUCAACAAACAGCAUCAAAUAAACAAUUACAUUAUCAAUCAUCAACGGAUUCAAAUUCAUAUGGACAACAGCAACAAUCAUUACCACCACCGCCAUCAUCACAAUCAAAUAAUAAUAAUAAUAAUGGACAACAACAACAAUAUUAUCCACCAUCAUCACAACAACAGCCAACUUCUCAUUAUCAUCCUGGUUAUUAUGCCCAACAGCAGCAACAACAACAACAACAACAAAUGGAAAUUUUAACAGCAAAACAAAUGAUGCCUGGAUCUGGAACUGGAUAUACUGUGAUUGAAGGAUCAUAUAUUGAUCCAAAUAAUUAUCAACAUCAUUAUGUACAAUCAAAUAAUAAUAAUAAUAAACCUACGUCCAUACCUUUUCAACAACAACAACAACAAUCUGCUAGACCUAAUUCUUUGGAAUUACAACAUCAACAACAACAACAGAAUUAUUAUUAUCCGAAUAAUAACCAACAACAACAAUCCGGUUAUAAUUUAUCAUCUGGUCAAACAAGAAUGGUUCCGACACAACAACAGCAGCAACAAUAUGGAACGACGACAAUGCCAUAUCAAACAACAACGGGACAACAACAACAAACACCACCUCAACAACAUUCGCCAAGUGCUACAAUGAACAAUAAUAAUACAACACCAACAAGACGUUUAUCUGGUGCUCAAGUAUCAAGGCCUUCAGCUCCACCACCAGCACCACCGGGUGGUAGUGGUACUAGUUCCGGUACAAAUUCACAACCAGGAACACCAAGAAAAACAACAAUGAUGAUGAUCAAUGGACAGGAAGUAGAAAUGCGUCAAGAUUCAUUGAAUAAUAAUAAUCGAAUGGUUUCAAGAGAUUCACUUCCACCACCACCACCACCGCCGCCAAUUUCUUCACAAAAUGCUCAAAUGUCAAAUGGAACGGCAAAUGAAAUGAUUGAUGCAUCAUUGCCUCCGCCACCUCCUCCACCACCACCCCCAACAGGAACAAUGACCACAACUUCGUUCAACAACAAUAAUAAUAAUACGAAUCCUAAUAACGAUUUUACCUCACCACCGCCACCACCACCACCACCAAUGAAUGGAAAUGGUACUAUUCCGAUGAAUAAUCAACAGUUAUCAUAUAAACAACAACAACAACAGCAAACACAAAUAGCAAAUAAACCAACGGCAGAAGAAUUAAAAUCUGUGGUCCUUAAAAAGAUUGAUCCAAACUCAUUGCCACAAUCGAAUGCAAAUGAUGAUAUACGAUCGAAUUUAUUGGCUGCCAUAAGACAUGGUAUAAAAUUGAAACGUGUAGCUGAAGAAAAGAAAAGAGAAGUAGAACAAAAUGGUCCAUUACAUGAUGUAGCAUCGAUAUUAGCACGUCGUGUUGCAUUAGAAUUAUCCGAUUCAGAUGGUGUCGAUGGUGGUGAUGAUGAUGAAAAUGAAAGUGAUCCUUGGGAUGAUGAAAGUGAAUGUUAAACAAACAUCAAAAUCAAAUGUGCACAAAAAACCAUCAAUCCAUUUCGAAUCAUUCUUGUCGUCUUUUUUUCGUCUAUUUUUCACAUUUGUAGAUAGUCAAAAACAAAACGGUACGGAAACAUUUUUUUUCUAAUUCAAGUAUUUUGGGAGAAAAAAAACGUUUACCCACCACCCUACUACUCCCACAUUCAAUUUGUAUAUUUUUUUUUUUGAUUUAGCCAAAUCAAUCAAUGAUCGAUUAUAUAUAGAAACAACACAGCAUUUUAUUAUUUAUUUUAAACAAACAAACAACAAAUACAAAUCGAUCAUUCAAUGAAUAUUAUUAUAUAAACAACA